CAUAAUAGUACUUUCAAGAGUUGUUGGGUGACUCAUAGUAAACGAUGAACCAACGAUACAAGUGACAAAAACGUGACAUUUUGCCAUAUCCUGGUCUUCGAGAAAUACUUUCCUAUGAUCAUCGCGAGAGCUCAGAGCUGCCCCCUUUUCGUUUGUCUGAGGGUCUUCAGAAAACACUUGUACAAUCCAUUCACUGCUUCGACUGCUUUUAGAGUCAGACACAAUCACGAACUUGCAACUCGGUGCAGGAGGCGAGUCCUACCCUGUCCUUCCUUCACACACGAGCCAGGUCCUUUGCAAAUUAUUAUCUUGGUGUGUUGUUUAGUGAAGCAAGACAAACUGAAGUCUCAGAAAAAGUGGACGAUUCGAGCAUCCGCACUUACACUGAGCGCUCCUCAGUGCUCAUGGAUCUCGACAAAUCAAACCGUUACUUCUUUUCCUGCAUCUUCCUUGCAGUACUUCAUUCAACCGUUCACUCUUCUCUUCACACGGUCCUGGUUCUCUAUGCUUGCUCGAAAUAUAAAUCAACAAUUCAAUGCAGUGCGUUUACUUACCGUCAUGAACCAUAACCGAUAUGUUUCGCAGGCUGCCAGUGGGUGUACUAUGUGCCAGUUGUUGCUGCUGUUAAUCAUGCCACGUAUUUGCAACCAACAAAGCCAAUACAUGAAGUAUGCUGCUGGCUUUUCGAUACGAGGUCGACUCGGAAGAAGUUGUUGUUUAUAAGCAUACGAUGUAGGUCCCAGGACCACAUCCGACGCCUUUAUUAUCAUGCACAGCAUGGACAGUGGAAUAAUAUAUGGAGCGUCGGUCGAAGAUCUAGAAAAGUAGUGAGUACUUCAGUAACAAUGGCACGAACUUACGCAUACUAGUCGAUGCCGCAUUGUAUUCCUUUGAUCAAGUGUCGAUACGUCAAUCUUGAAUGAAUCCUACAGGACACUCAGCAGCUAGUGAGGUGU